GGCCGGCCGGCUCCAGGAAAGUCCACCGCGCGCCCUGCGGGCUCAGACCGCGCAGCGCCGGAGCCUUUCGCUUCGUUGCGGGCCAUGGAGCGGCUGACGUUGCCUCCCGGCGGCGCGGCGGCCGUGGAUGACUACCUGGAGUACCGGAGAAUUGUGGGUGAGGACGAUGGCGGGAAACUGUUUACUCCCGAAGAAUACGAAGAAUACAAAAGAAAAGUUUUACCUCUGCGCCUGCAGAACAGAUUGUUUGUGAGCUGGCGGUCGCCGACUGGAAUAGACUGUAAACUUGUGGGCCCGGAGACGCUGUGUUUUUGUACCCACAGGUAUAAACAACAUAAAACUGACUUUGAUACAAUUCCACAGCAGCGCCCCAUCAGUCUGCCUUGCCGAGUGGCCGGCUGCCGGUGCAGGGCCUACAGCUACGUGCCGCUGAACGGCACGCAGCCCAUUCGCUGCAGGUGCAAGCACUUUGCGGACCAGCACAGCGCUGCGCCUGGCUUCACCUGCACUGCCUGUUCGAAGUGUUCGGGAUUCCAUAGCUGCUUCACUUGUGCUUGUGGUCAGCCUGCAUAUGCCCAUGACACAGUAGUGGAAACUAAGCAAGAAAGACUGGCUCAGGGGAAACCAGUGGGGCAAGAUGUUCCUUACGCAGCAAUGGGAGGACUGACUGGCUUCAGCUCCCUGGCGGAAGGCUACAUGCGGCUGGAUGACAGUGGGAUCGGUGCACCUUCAGCCGAAUUUUUAGACUCUCCAGGUACAGCCUUGGACCACCCAUUUCUCAAAGCAUUUCAAGCAUCAUCUAGUUCUUCUCCAGAAACACGAACAGAUGUAGGUACAAGUAGUCAAGUGUCUUCUUUAAGGAGACCUGAAGAGGAUGAUAUGGCUUUCUUUGAAAGACGAUACCAGGAAAGGAUAAAAAUGGAAAAGGCUGCUAAGCAUGCAGGAAAAGCACCAUUGCCAUCAAACACAAAACCUACGUGAAGACUAUUGAAGAAAUUACAGCCAUCAUCCAAAUAUAUCUUUCUAGUGUUUCUUUAAACAUAAUAGUAUAGUGUAUAUUCUCUCAAAUUAUUUACUUC